CAAACGUCAUAUAGGUGGCGCGGGGGAACGAAAGUUCAAAAAUCAAUACACAAUUUUAAUUGCCCUUUUUAAGGUUAUAGGCGAGAAUUAAAGACGCCGCGAAUUAAAUAUGUAGCAAACGAAAAAUGCGCCACAACAAAAUUCCACUUACAUUAAUUCACUUCAUUUAAUUUUGAAAUAUUCGCAUGGUUUUCGAGCCGAGCACUUACAUGCCCCUGGAUAUUAUAGAGUCCACUAAGCAUGCGUGUUAGGGUAAUUACAUAAAUACAAAAAUAGCUGUAGCGAAUAAUAAUAAACCGGACAUAAAAUAUGCGAGUUUGAAUUUGUACGAAAUGAAAUGGCCAGUUUGAGCGAGGAAUUCGAAAGAAAUUGGAUCACUUCUAUAAUAGGGAUAUGCCUACUGGGAUUCGGUUGUUGGUUGUUGACUUGGAAUGAGGGUAGAGCGGUUCAUCAUGCGCAUUCCCUGGACGAAACUUACCAAAACGCAGUGAUUUUGAACAUCUUCGAAAAACCCUCCGAUUCGCUCGAGGGCCAGGUGGUACACGUAACAGGUUCCCUUAAAGUCGAUGAGCCAUUAACAGAAGCCGAGUAUGGAAUAGCCAUACAAGCUGUGAAAUUGAGGAGGAGAGUUCAAAUGUACCAAUGGGUGGAAGAACGAUCGCCGAGAAGCGAAGAUGAUGAUACGAAUGCUGGUACAUUCAAUUCCAUCAGCGAUUAUUACUACAUUACCGAGUGGCGUGAUAAAUUAGUGGACAGUAGUAGUUUUUACAUCAGACACGGACAUGAGAAUCCUAGAGAAAUUCCACUAAAAUCGGUGACUUACGUGUCUCCCGUUGUGAAGCUGGGUCAUCUUCAACUCGGAGAUGAAAUUAAGGAGAAAUUCGACGAGUAUAUCGAAAUUACAAGCGACGAAAGGCCUGAAAGGAGCGACGUGAAGUUGCAUAUGGGUAUAUAUUAUCAUUGCGAUGAUAUAUGGAACCCCGAAGUGGGGGAUAUUCGGGUGCAGUUUUAUUAUGCAGGCGGUAAUGGAGAUCCGGUGACUAUUAUCGCUAAAUUGGAAAAUGGGGCGCUGGUGCCCUACGAGACGUCGCGAGGUCACCAAAUAACGUUGUUGAGACAAGGGAAUUUGAAUAUAAAUCAAAUGUUUUCGGCCGAACAUUUCGAUGCCAGGCUCGAAACGUGGAAGUUUCGAGGGCUUGGAAUUUUCGUUCUGUACGCUUCCAGUGUAUGUCUUUCAAGGCUUUUGAAAAUUUUAUUUUUUCAAGUAUACUUUGCGAAUUUUUAUAGCGGUGAAGCCACAUCUUUCGCGAAUAUAGUAUUAGCCGUUUCAGUAGCCCUUUGUGUGAUAGCUACAGCGUGGAUUAUAUACAGGCCGAUGUUGGGAGCGAGUUUAUUCUUCGCCGCUGUUAGCCCCUUUUUGUAUUUAACCAUGGGAAUAUACAAUGCUCAAAAUAUUCACAUCAGUUGAAUUCGAGUCAUCCGUGAGUGAUACUAGAUUUAUGUAACUUAUUGUUUUUUUAUUCGUUGUUUAUAAUAAAAUAGAUGUAGGUCCA